UCUCAUUGACGGGAAGGAAAAGUACUACAGUAUUACAUUCCGAGAUGAUGGGGGUGAUGACGUAGAUAGUAUCCCCUAAUGUGACCAGUGAAAAGGCAUGCUGUUGGAUUCAGGAAUAAAAAAAGCCGAGGGAAGCAGGUCUUCAGAACAAAAAGUUUCCUCAGUGAAGACAAACGUGUGCGCUCUUUCUCCUGGGGUUGUGUGCAUACAGAGAUCCGAUAAUCGCGUUUUAUGUGUGAGCGCACCGAGGGCUGGACACAUUAAAGGAGCAUCAGGAGGCGGCAGAGACGCUUUACAGACGAAGCAAGAAGAGAGAGAAAGGGAAGGAGAGAAAGGGAGAGAGAGAGACUAUCUCACUCUCCCAGUCGCAGUCACAACCGGAUCACAUCCAGCGUCUCCCUCCACACGGCAAUAGCAGGACAAUGUCUAGUAAAGCGACUUUAGCCUUACUCAUCUAUGGAAUCAUAAUGCAUUACAGCAUCCACUGCUCACCUCUCGGGCUUAGCUACCCUAACCUUAGACUUGAAAAUGAGGUUUAUGACGAGGAUGGGAAUUCGUUACCAGACUUGGCUUUUGACAGUGAUCAGAUUGCUAUAAGAAGUCCCCCGUCUGUUGCGGACGACGUGUACACUUUAUACUACCCACCGGAGAAAAGAACGGAAAGGCAUGCAGACGGAAUGUUUAAUAAAGCCUACAGGAAAGCGCUGGGUCAGUUAUCAGCAAGAAAAUAUCUCCAUUCUCUGAUGGCAAAGCGUGUAGGUGGAGGGAGCACCAUGGAAGACGACUCAGAGCCGCUUUCAAAGCGACACUCGGAUGGGAUCUUCACAGACAGCUACAGCCGCUACCGAAAGCAAAUGGCAGUCAAGAAAUACCUGGCGGCAGUUCUUGGGAAAAGCCCUGAAGACUUAGGUUUUCACCAUAUUCUACAAGACAUAGACUUUGAUGCCCUCCCGGAUGGGGAUGAGUUUGAGGCUAUUUUGGGAGACUGGCUGAAACAGUUCUCUCCUGAAUUUCCGGUGAGUUCCAGGCUCUUUCCGAGGCCUUGUCUUGAGGGAUGUCCCCUGUUCUUCCCUCUUUUUCUCACCUAAACCUUACCCUGUGAUCUUACACUCCAGAUACUAAAUACAACCCAAUCUCCUUCUUUCCUCAUUUGUGCUCCCGUCUCUCUAGAGAUAAUGUACAACUGUAUCUAUAUUCACACCUAUACUGCAUGUUGAGCAUACACAUACAGUAUAUGUAUGAAUGUGAAUAUAGAUGCGUAGAUAUGUUUUACACAUUUAAUGUGUAUGGAUAUACUGUAAAUCUUCAAACAAUUCCCCAUAAAUAUCAUAUUGGAGGCUGUAGGAUAAUAAUGUGAUGCUAAACAGUAUCAUAAAUAAAUUAUUUAUUUAAGGCCAAAACAGACAUGACCCAACUGGCUCUAGAAUCCUUAUAUAUGGCGGUAAUUCAAAUACUAAAGUGGAAUACAUGUUAGAAUGACCGCUAUGACCUCUAUGACCCUUAUAAAAUGAGGACCAGAGUGCUUUUGAGCUUUUUCUUUUCUUCGUGUUCUUCUUCUUCAGUGUUAACGAAAAUGAGCUUACACUUUUGAACUUUGUGCAAAGUAUCUAUCUUGUGUUCCUCUGUAGUGGUAUCCACGUGUUUGAAAAGCUCUUGAAAACCUGGAAUGCUGUUAAAGGUUUUCCAUGUGUCUCUUCUCGCCACAUAAGAAGUAUCAUGAACAUAGAAUAACCUAAAUGGUCAUCGGACUCAAAAGAAAGUCCAAUAAUGAAAUUGAGACUAUUUCGACUAACAUUAUACUUUUAAUGUGGCUUCACUUAAUUUCAAUGUAUUUUUUAUUUUUCAUGAGGAACAUUUCAGAGGCAAUUUGAAGACGUGUUGCACCUUCCUGGUCUACUGUGCUUUUCCCUAUCUUGUCAUGUGAACCAAUGUAAAGCUAGAUCGCAUGAUUAAAGUAAUUGCACUAGCCACCAAAUCUGUGCAAACUACUGCAAUUGGACAGUUUUCUUUGCUCACUGAUUGACGUAUAUACAUAUCUGUGUUUUCUGGAUGUUGUUUUGUGUUUGUUCUCUCCCCAACAUUACUGCACAAAGUGUUUGAUUGAACGUCUCACCCCUGUCUUCUGUAGAGGAAAGCGCAGAUGAAUGUACUGCAGGGGAGAAGCUUUUAGAAAGAGUCUCGUCAUGUUUUCUUUUUAGUCUCUUCGCAAUGGGACUUGAGACAAGAUUCUGUUACAUUCCAAUGUAUUAUAUGCCAAAAACAA